AUGUCUUUGCGGGAAACCCAUCACCUGCGACCCACGGGCUGGGAGCUGGACCCCGAAGAAGAGAGAUUCAAACUCUCUACGCUCGAUCCUACGCCCCAAAGCGCCUACAAUCACUACGUUCUCUUCUUUCGUUUGGAUGAUGAGAAGAAGAAUGAUGCUGUCGAUAUCCUUAAGGCUGGACUGCAGAAGACGCUCAGUCAAGCACGGUACAUGUGUGCCACCAUUGAACGAGAUCCCGAGGGUGGACAUUCCUUUGUGAAAAAGAAGGAGUCAGCCGUGAGAUUUAUUGUUCAUCGGCUGAACCCCAACGGCAGCUAUCCAUCUCUGGAUAACAUUGAGGCCUCCUACUUCUCUGGGAACAGUCUGCGAGAUAUCAAUCUUUGGAGUAUCCCUGAGUUGACAUGGGGCGAAAAGCCAGAAGCCGAUCCGGAUAACAGCCCAGUAGUAGCAGCAUUCCAACUAAACGUUAUGGAAGGUGGAUUGAUCUUCAGCAUGCAUAUCCACCAUUAUUCCUGCGAUGUCAUGGGUUGGAGCAACUUCACUCGCCAACUUGCCCAUAACUGCUACGCAAUUGUGAAUACAACUAUCUUUCCAUCCUGGAAUCCUGCAUGCAUCGACGCAUCGCGCUUCACCAAGCAUAUAUCAACGUCAUGCCUGGUUGAAGGACCUGCUAUUCCACAAAGGCAUCCUGAUCAUCCAGCACAGCGACCAGUGCUAUUCCAUUUGCCAAUGAGCAAAGCCGAAAUGUUGAAAAAGCUUGCAAUGCCGACAGACCCUGGAGCGCACUGGAUAUCAACCUAUGAUGCCAUGUGUGCAUUCGUCUGGCGAAUGUUGUCGAGGACCCGCGCUCCUUUUUACAAGCCUGACCCUUCAACGCCUCUCUGGUGGGGUGAGGCCGUGGAUAUGCGUCCUCGUCUCAAGAACCCUCCUCUCCCAGAGGGCAUGAUGCGCAACGUUGUCGCAGGCGCGUUCUCCGACACUGCAUCAGUGCCAGCUCUGACUGUCGCCGAUGUCAUCUCAGAUGCCCCCCUAUCGAAGCUUGCAGGCUAUAUUCGGGCGUUGACCAAAAGCUGCAACGAGAAGCAUCUGGAACGCCUGAUUGAUUUCAUAGCACCGAUCAGAGACAAACGAACAAUUAGUCUGCGCGUCGAUGCUCACCCGCCAAUGAGCAUGUUCGUGACGGAUCACCGCCCAGCCGAUGUUAGCAACUUCGACUUUGGGUUCGCAAAGCCCCUCACACAUCGACAUCUGUGGGGCGACUUAGUCACGGCAGGCGUAGUCCUCAUCUAUCCUCCUGUAAGAUCGACCACAAACUCUGACGAAGGAUACAUGUUUACGAUCACAAUGGAGAAGAACCUGGUGCCCAAGUUGAUGGAGGAUUCAGAAUGGGCAGAGUACUUUGAAUAUCGGGGAGUUGAUUAG